CCCGGGGGCGCUGCGUUCCGUCAGGGGUUUGUUCUCUCCUCCCGCCCGAUUUUCGGGCCGCCUGGCCCGAGUUCCCCUCGCCCUGGUCCCGGCGUGCACCUCGACGUGCACCGUGGCGUCCUUGGGACCACGGCGGUCAUGGCCGAGGGGCCCUUGGGUCCGUCGGGCCUGCUCGCCCCGUUCAGCCCAGGCCGGCUCCUCGCCUCAGCGCGGGGCGCCCUGCCCGCUGGAGCGGCCCAGCAGUGCCCAGCGGCUCUGAGGGACCGCCCGACCUCCCACUCCACACACACACAUACACCCAGCGCCUUCUUUCCAUUUGCGGGAGGAGAGCGUCGGGUUGCGAGACCCUGCAGCCCGUGGGGUGCUUGUCCUUGCAGGGUCGGCGCGGCCGCGCGGCGUUUCCCGGCUCGCCCAGGAGGUGGUGCUGAUGCCCCGGUUGCGUUAAGAGGGGGACAUGGCUGUAAGAGCAUGUGGCUUGAUAAUCUACAGAAGACUGCAGCCAUCACCGUCUUCUAAGGCUGCUGACAGUAUUGAAUACCUCCUGCUUCAGACAUCUUAUGGGACCCAUCACUGGACGCCCCCCAAAGGCCAUGUGGAUCCAGGAGAGGACGACUUGCAGACAGCCUUCAGGGAAACACAGGAAGAGGCAGGUCUUCAGGCCAGUCAGCUCACUCUUGUAGAAGGGUACAGGAAAGAACUGCACUAUCCUGUCCAUGGCAAACCCAAGACUGUUGUUUACUGGCUGGCAGAGGUGAAGGAUUGUAACACAGAAAUCAAACUCUCGGAGGAGCACCAGGCUUUCCGCUGGCUGAAGCUGGAGGAUGCUUGCAAAUUUGCAGAAUAUGAGGACAUGCAAGCAACACUGAGAGAUGUGCAUCAGUUUCUCAGCUCCAACAAAUAAACACUUUCUUUUGUGAAGAACAAGAAGAACUUUUGGAGAAACAGCCUGAUUUUUUCUUUCUAGUUUAAUUUUAUUUUUUAGUCAGUAGAAGUAUUACAUGGCUGCAAAAAUAUGCUUUCUUUUUCUAAACCUGUACAAAUUCAGUAAUGAUACUUGAAGCUUUUAAAGAACUUAUGCUUUUGUCUCCCCAAGCUAAUGUAAAAACAGUGUGGUCUGAUUGAACAGUUAGCCAGAGAUGUCUGAGUUGAAACCCUGAGGUAACAAAGUCUCUCUGUGUUCCUCUCUAUUUUUUUUUCUUAAAGUGCUGAAUAAUUGUGUAUGUUUUUGAAAAUCAAGCACUUGAUGUUUCUUGACUUGCUGAUGUAGAUCUGUAGCAUUGUGAAAAUGAGCAUAUGGAGAUUUUUAAUAGUAAAAUGUGUGCUGCCGAAGUUCCAUCUUGCAUUUCAAAUAGGGCAGCAGUAGUUAUCUUCCCAAUUCUUCUGCUGAUAUGCUGUGAUAACUUGCCAAAUCAUUUGAGGCCUGUUUGUAUCACAAAUUUAUGUACAUAGCUAACAUUCUGUUAUGAAAAUAGUUGCUAUCCAAGGAGUCUCAGUAAACUGUAAAUACAGUAUUUAAAUGGUAAACUUGAAA